AUGGCCACACCACACUCGUCCGCGGCGGUGCUGCUGCUCCUGCUGGGCUUCCUCGCCGCGUCCUCCGUCGAUGCCGACCCCCUGCUUUCAGCUCCGCUCAAUGUGACCAUCAGAGAGCUUGAGGUCAAUUCCGCCGUGGUCACGUGGGAAAUCUUGGAGGGAGACCCCGUUAUUGGAUUCGCCAUCACCCAGCAGAAGAAGGACGUUCGCAUGCUGAGGUUCAUCCAGGAGGUGAACACCACCACACGCUCCUGCGCACUGUGGGAUCUGGACGAGGACACCGAGUACAUCGUCCACGUCCAGAGCAUCAGCAUGGGAGGCAGCAGCCCCCCCAGUCAGCCCGUUCUCUUCAGGACACCCAAAGAGUCGGAGAAGCUGGCGUCCAAGAGUCCAGACGAGGUGACGAUGGAGGAGUUUGGUCACGCUGCCCAACUGAGGGCCGGAGAACUCAUCAUCAUUGUGGUGGUGCUCAUCAUGUGGGCAGGUGUGAUCGUCCUGUUUUGUCGUCAGUAUGACAUCAUUAAAGACAAUGAGCCCAACAACAACAAGGACAAAGCCAAGAACUCCUCAGAGUGCAGUACUCCUGAGCACCCACAAGGGGGGCUACUGCGCAGCAACGUCUAA